AUGAAUAAAUUAUGCACGAGUAUAAUCGAUAUUACCGCUUGCUCGUCAUCACUACUUCAUAGACUGAAAGACUGGUAUGUCGAUGAAUCACUCUGCACAAUUUCAAGCCACAAAUUAGUCUCAUUCAAUCUCGAAUUAGUGCUUUCUAAUACCGCAGUCAAUAUAUAUGGCACAAGAAUCUAUAAUACCAAAAAGGCAAAUUGGGGCAAUCUGAAAAAUGAACUGAAUACAGAACUUAGUAGAUAUGCGAUAAGUAAGAAAAUAAACGAAAUCACCACACCACAAGAGCUAGAAGAAACAAUAAAAAACUACACAAAAUUAAUAUUAGCAGGCUGUAAUAACAAUAUACCAAUGAAAAAACAGAAGCGAAAAGUAAAAGAUCCUGUAUGGUGGAACAACGAAAUAAAUGAAAAGAAAGCAGAUAUGAUUAGGAAAAGAAGAAGAAUAAGGAAUGCAAACCCUCUAAGAAGAAAACAUGUAAUAGACCAAUAUUUAGAUGCAAGACAAGAAUAUACUAAUGCAAUUGAAAAGGCUACAACUCAAAGCUGGAAAAAUCUCUGCAACAAAGGAGAAAAAGAGUCUCUCUGGCAAAGAACAUACCGGAUCCUAAAAACUUGCUCAAAUAGAGAACAGGACAGACUACUCCGUGACUCAGAUGGAAAAAUCCUUUCAGAAGUCGAAUCAGCGAACCAUCUAGCUGAUACAUUUUAUCCAUGGGACAACCCUGACACUGAUAGUGUACAGCAGACUGAAAUAAGAAUAGAAAGACAGCAAAUAAUAAGCAAACUUAAAAAUGAAGACAUUUCAGCCAUCAAGUUGUUCACAAAACUUGAAAUAAGAGAAAUAUUUAAGAAUAUGAGUCCGAAGAAAGCUCCUGGAGAAGAUGGCUUAACAUCAGAUAUAUGCCAAGCUGCGUUUGAAAGCAACCCGGAAAUCCUGCAAUCCAUUUACAAUAAAUGCUUAACACUAGGCUACUUCCCAGAAAUAUGGAAAACAGCAACAAUUAAGGUUAUUCCCAAGCCUAACAAGGAAGACUACUCCCUGGCAAAAUCCUAUAGGCCAAUCGGGUUAUUACCAGUUUUAGGUAAGGUUCUAGAGAAACUUUUUGUAAAUAGAGUCCAGUGGCAACUAGGAAGGGAAGGUAAAAUUAACAAUAGACAAUACGGUUUCACUCCCCAAAGAAGUACUGAGGAUGCCCUAUUUGAUACAACUACACUUAUAAAGAAAGGACUUAAGAAUAAAGCUAUAGUGGUACUAAUAUCGUUAGAUAUAGAAGGUGCGUUCGAUAACGCAUGGUGGCCUGCCAUAAUUAAAGAACUCCACGCCAAAAAUGUAGACAAAUCUAUGGUCAGGCUCAUUAGCAGUUACUUAUCCGAAAGAAAAAUACAUCUUAGGUAUGCUGGGCAAGAAUGCAGGAAACCCACAAAUAAAGGAUGUAUCCAGGGCUCUACUUGCGGCCCUAUGCUCUGGAACAUCCUUAUCGACCCCUUACUUAACGCAACUAAGGACCUAGAUGCCCACGUACAAGCUUUUGCUGAUGACAUUCUGAUCGUAGCCAAAAACAAGGAUGGCCAAAAACUAGAAAAAGACAUAAAUGAAACACUAAGAAUAAUCACGGAAUGGGGCAAAAAACAUAAACUAAGAUUUGCUCCCCAAAAAACCCAGUCCAUAAUCAUAACAAAAAAAUUGAAAUACCACCGACCUUGUUUACACAUUGAAGGACUUACAUUACAGUACACAAAUCAAAUGAAAGUUCUAGGCCUAACAAUUGAUAAUAAUGUAAAUUUUAAGGCUCACCUUGAUAGCGUCUGCCGAAAAGCAAUCAACAUCUACAAAAUGGUUUCCAGGGCGGCAAAAGCCCAUUGGGAAUUAAAUUCUGAAAUCAUAAAAACCAUCUAUUCAGCUGUGGUCGAACCGACAAUACUAUAUGCUGCUAGCUGUUGGGCGGAGACAACCGAAAAAAGUAUAUCGAAAAAAUACUUAAUAGAAUGA